AUGCCAACAACCCGUGUGCUGCUUUCAGGUUCUGGACGACAGCUGAGACCAGCCGAGCCUCCAGGAGAUGCUGAUGCUGAUGCAGAUGCAGAGGAUGAAGAUUCCGUUAAUGAAGUGGCAGUAGAAGACAUCCGUCCAAGGCCACAGGGAUCCUCUCCAGUUUAUGAAUAUUCUAUAGAAGAAGAAUAUUCAAAGCUUCAAGAAGACAGCAAAAAACAUCCUACAGACAAAUCAAAACAGAGCCAUCCACAGGAGACAAUGGAAGUGACCCUGAAAACAGAAGUGGAAGCUGGUGCUAGUGGUUUUAGUGUGACGGGUGGAGGAAAUGAAGGAAUAUUUAUUAAAAAAGUACUUAAGGAAUCUCCUGCUUCAAAAAUAUUUAGUCUGAGAGAAGGUGAUCAGCUUCUAAGUGCUACAAUAUUUUUUGAUAAUAUCAAAUAUGAAGAUGCACUCAAGAUUCUCCAAUAUUCUGAGCCAUACAGAGUCCAAUUCAGCCUCAAAAGAAAAAUUGCUGGGAAAGAAGAGCUGGAACACAUUCACUCUACAGCCCAGCACAAAAAGGAAAGAAAAUGCCAGGAAAAAGAACUCAGUGAGAGCAUUCCUGAAGAAACACUACAUGUUUCAGGAAAAGCCGUUUCAGAAGAAGACAGGGAAACAUUAAUUGUAAGCCAAAGGGUAGGAAGAAGCAAGAGACCUAAAAAAGACAGACUAUCAUGGCCAAAAUUCCAGUCAAUUAAAAAUAAAAAGAUAUUGGGGCACAGAAGAUCUCAUAGUACAUCAGAUGCAUAUGAGUCCGCUAUACAGGAUAUUUCCCCUACAAGCACAGACACAGAGUCUCAGUUUCAACAGGAAGUCCAUAUCAAAGAGAAAAAAGGAAGCCAAAAGAAACUGAAGUUCCCUAGCAUUGGAUUCAAAAUGCAUAGAUCCAAACCAGAGCCACAAGACAAGCAAAGAAAAGAAAUUAAAACUACAUUGUUAUCUGAAAGAGAGAAAAUCCAUAAAGAAGAUAUCAGCCUGGAAAAUCCUGAAAUCCUAACUGUUGAGUAUAGCACAUACCCUGCUUAUGAAAUUAAAACAGGGGAGGAACAUGAAACUUUAACAAAAGACUUAAAAGACAUGAAAAACGGCAUUCCAUCUCAUGCAAAAAAAUGCCCUGAAGUUGAAAUAAGCAUUAAAAAAGAAAAAGACAUGGAAUCAACAUCAACGUUUACUGUACCUGUAGUACCAGCCAUAACAACAGAGAUAGCAAAGCCCAGUUUGGAAACAACUGAUUUGAAAGAAAGCCCAACGAAACAAACACCACAAACCUCAUCAAAAUCCCGAAAAAAGAAACAGAAAGGAACAGCAGGUAAAACAGAAGGAGAAAGUGGCAUUAACGUAGACACGACAGGUCACACAGCACAAGGAACCAUACAAGUAAAAGGUUUAGAAAUAGGCACUGCUAAAGCAGAAUUACACACAAUAUCGGACCCACUGGAAACUGGAGAAAAACAGGCAGAACACAAACAAAUGCUAACAAGCCAGAAAACAAAAUUUGGGGUUUCAAUGCCCAAAACGAAAGAACCAGAGACUGAAAAGAGCAAACCGGAAAGAGAUGUUCCACAUUCAGUAGCAGAAAAAACAACUGAUAUAAGUUCAAAAGAUGGCAAAAAUUUGGAUGUGGAACCUCACAUGCCUGAUGAAGAAACAGAAGUAUCUACUCGGAAAAUACAGACACCAUCAUUCAAAAUGGCCAAAACACCUAAAGCUGAUACAAAAAUACCAACAGAAGAAAGCACAGUCAUAUCAGUGGAUAUGAUAAAAAAGGCAGAGACAGAAGAAGACGCCAUGCCCACAAACGACAUAAUGUGGAAGACGGACAUUGCUAUAAAGACAGAAGAAAAGGAUACAGAGGGAAAAGAAAGCAAAUUCAAACUGCCGAAGUUUAAAUUACCUACAUUCACUUGGAACACUGCAAAAUCUGAAACAGGGCAAAUUGAAUGUCAGAUAAAUGAAAAAGAAGGAAAAGUGCCAUUAUUAGAAGCAGGUGAAAAAACAGAGAUGAGUGUAAAAACAGAAGAAAUAAAAGAUCAAAAAGAUGAUAUCAAUAUUGGGAUCUCGAAAGAAAAA